AUGGGGUUGCACCGGGACCCGUUUGGACGCCGUUGCAUGCAGGUGGCUUCGCUUCCAGCUGAGGUUGUGAGCAAGUUGGUCAGCCGUAUGAGAUGGCGCCAUCGUAUGUGUUUCUGGCGUCGGAUGACUGCUCUUCUUACUUCACCGGUCAAGUCCUGCAUCCCAAUUAGGCCUGUUAGCGGUGCGGUUUCGGUUUCAACCGAACCGCAAAGGCGGUUAGCCGACACCGAGAAAGAGGUAAAAUCGGCAACCGCAACCGCGACCGACGGCACCAUCGGUUAG